AUGGAAUCUUGCAUCGCAAGACUUCCUCUCUCCGAUCAUCCUUUAGUGUCAAGAUCAUCUAAACAGCUUCAUGCUUUCAUUGAAUCCAGAGAUAUCUUCAAAGAAAGGUCGCUUAUCAAGAAUUUGGAGGAUGUUAUAUAUGUUGCGAUACUAGGAUCUUCUUCUACCUCGAGAUAUCUUCAAGAGUGGUUUGCAAUACACAAGAAACCAUACAAGAAUGAAUAUGUGUUGAUUUUAACCCCUGCUAUUCCUUUUUGUGGAGGUAAUGAUUCGAUUGUGAGUGCCGGUUCCAAGAUCUACUCAAUUGGUGGUUCCACUCUUGCCAAGAAGACAACUUCAGAAGUUCUCUGUUUUGAUUGUGCUACUUACAAGUCUCUUUCUGUUUCCAAGAUGAAUGCAAUUCACUCAUGUCCUGAGACAGCUGUCAUCGAUCACAAGCUUUAUGUCAUUGGAGGAUCAUCGGCUCCAGACCCAGUGAAUCUCCCGUCAAUGUGCCAACAAGUUGUUCUAGGCCGCAAGAUUUACUUCAUCAGCAACAGAGGCCUUUCUUGCACAGUUUUCGACACAGAGACACAUCGAAUGGAAAGAGAUGAUGAAGCCUCAAUGGGUGACUUCGACUAUUCAACUUCAUGUGUUAUUGGAAAACAGCUAUACGCUUUUAAUCCAAGACGAAACGGAAUUCAAGUUAACAAGCAAGGGAAGCUGUGGGAAGGAGUCAAAGGACUGCCGAAUCUAUUAAAGUUCGAUGCUACAGCCAGGCUCCUCAACUGCAACGGAAAGCUCUUGGUUAUUGAAAACUCUACCCCAACGCAAAUUUUGAUCACUUCAAUUUCUCUACAGCCUAUAGAAGGAGAGAUGUGGGGAGAGAUUUUAUCAAGAAACGUAGCUUUGGAGCUACCCUGUCCUAUCACAAUUCUCCACACCUUAAACGUUCAAAUAUGA